AUGCACCGUUCUGCCUCAGGCUCGAGCGACCUCAGCACGCUGACCGAGGCGCCCAAGGCGACCUUGACACCGGCCCUGGCAACGCCCGUUUCUAUCUCGUCACUGCCCUUUGACGGCGCAUCGCACGCGCAAACCGACCGGUGGACGCGGAUAGGGUGGACGGUGGCCUCGGUGCGGCAGCUCCUCGACGCUCUCCUCACCUGGGACUACCUUCCUUUCUGCCUCAUGUGCAAAGACCCCUUUCUACGGGACUAUUAUAGCGGCUCGACCCGGUACUGCUCCUCGGCCCUGGUGAACGCGCUCCUCGCCCUGGCAACCCGCGUGGUCCACGAGACCAACAACGAGACGGAAAGCCCGGGUCCCGGCUUUAAGUGCGGAAGCAAAACCUUUUUCGACGAGGCCGACGCUAUUAUCCACGGAACCGGACACUCGACGAACCUCCCGGACAUACAGGCCAUUGGGAUCCUCUCGCUCUACCAGAUCACUUGCGGGCGCGAGGCCGAGGCUCAGGCGCUGGCCGAGUCCUUUGCUGCUCGCAUUGCCGAUCUGUGUCUCCAAGAACCCCUGGAGGGCGCCGAGGCCGAGGAGUACGCCAAGGUCCGGGCCACCUCGUACUGCGGCGCCGUGUCCCUGAUCCGCAUACUUCGUCUCACGACGGGCCAAGUCUUCAACAUGUCCACGAAUCACAGGCUACAAGACGACUCGAUAUUUCUAGACCAAUCCUCGUGCAGGGCCGAGUACCUGUUCGGCGGCCAGUGCGGCAGUGGAAUUACACCAGAGCCGCAGAGUAACACAGCGUUAGACCUCGCCUUGGACGCACGCGGCUCGCAACUGCGCAAUCUCCAGCUCAUUCCAGCAAGAGUAUUCCAGCUCACGGAAUGGGUGUACAAGCUCGCCUCGGCCGCCAAUACCCCGAACGGACAAUUUGGCACGGGCGAGGUCAUGGCUGUGUAUACCAAAUGUCUUGACUGGUACGAGGGGUUCUUCUCCCUGCUUAAAACGGACGGCAGCGACACUCCCUUUGUACUCUUUAUCCACAUGUACUACCAAUUCUGCCUACUCUGUCUGUUCCGUCCUCUCGCCAACCUUGUCCUGGCCGAUUCCGACGUCCGUCCCCGCGAAAUCUGUCUCCAGGCGGCACAGUCGAUCCUUGCCCUAUCGCAGUCCUACAGCAGGCUCUUUACCCUUGGACGUGUCUCCGCAUUCGUCCCCUAUUUUGUUUGUGCCUCUGGCAUCGCAGGGCUUACAAUGGAAUCGACAUGCAACGGUAUAGCCCUGCAUGCAUCGCAACCGCUUCCGCCUAGGAAAUUGUCCUUGGCGACGGACUCGGAUGUUUCAAGCGUGGACGGGUUCGGCACUUAUCAAGACGUCUCGCCCUCGCCGACUGCCGCCAAACUGCCCAUCAUGGCCCACGCGAGCCAGCUGCUGGCGGAGAUGAGCUCCAACCACCGAAUGGCCUCAUCCGCAGAGAAGAUGCUUCGAGGAUACGCUAGCUAA